AUGAAAGAAAAUAUUGAAUCCGAAGAAAAAAUUCGACGACAUUGGUGGAAACAAUAUAAUGAAAUAAAACAAUAUUUUCCCUAUGAAAUUAAUUUAACUUUAGCUUGGCAACAAUGGAAUUAUAUGAAUAGAUCAAAUCCAUUGAAAGAAUUUAUUCUUUAUAAUAAACGAAAAUAUAUUCAAAAAUUAAAUUCAAAAUCAAAAGAAAUUAAUGAUUUAGUCAAACUAAAACAGAAUAUGAAAGAAUUGCUUCAUCAAUCAAUAAUGUUACCUGUUGAACCGUCUGUGCAGCAUUUUCUUUAUCAUGGAGUAACUCAAGAUAAUUCUCAAAUCGAUUAUAGUACUGGACGAGAAACAUAUCUUAAAUUACGAAAACGAUUAGCACCAAAUGAAAAAUAUUAUUAUCCAAUAACAUCCUCUAUGGAUAUUACGUGGUGUAUAGAAAAAUUUCAUAUUUGA